AACGUUGGUGAUUACGACUUGGGCCCCCGUCACACACGACAAAAUUAAUUACAAAGGAGUUUGAUAUUACGUAGUACUUUACAUAUUGUUGCGAUGGCAGAAGGCGACGCUCAAAAAUUACAACUGAUGCAAGAAUUGGAAAUAGAAAUGAUGGCCGAUAUGUACAAUCGUUUGACAACUGCGUGUCACAAAAAGUGCAUUCCGCCCGUUUAUAAUGACGCAGAAAUUGCCAAAGGUGAAGCAGUUUGCAUCGACAGAUGUGUAGCCAAAUUUCUUGACAUUCAUGAACGCAUAGGGAAGAAACUUGGGCAAUUGUCGAUGCAAGAUGAGCAACUGCUCAAAAAGUAGUAGCAGUAAAGUUGUGUUAGUACGAUUUAGGAUAUUUGUUUUCGUUUGUUUCACAUGUUAAUAAAUGGUGGAAUUUCUUAAAAAAAAAA